UAUGCAACCCAACAGACUCGGACUCAAACAAGUCUAUUUUAAAAUUGAACUUCCCGUUGCUCGGCUACAGCUUUUUCUGGCCAAUUUAGCAAUUGAAGGCACUUUUCAUUAAUUCAGUGUCACGGAAAGGGCAGAUAGACGAAGAUGGCCUGCCAAACGCAAGGCAUCCAACAGUUGCUGGUCGCUGAGAAAAGGGCCGCGGAAAAAGUGGCGGAAGCCCGAAAACGGAAAGCAAAGAGGAUAAAGCAGGCUAGAGAGGAAGCAGCAGCAGAUAUCGAACUGUACAGAAAAGAAAGAGAUCGCCAGUUUAAAGAAUACGAGGCCAAGUACAUGGGCUCCAGGGAAGAUGUGGCUGCUAAAAUUGACAGAGACACAGAAGUGAUCAUGAAGGAAAUGGAUUUGAAUGUUCAAAAAAAUAAAGACCCGCUGAUUAUGGACUUGAUCGACCUCGUCAUAGACAUAGAACCAAAGGUACACCGAAAUUACUUCAUCAUGAGGUCCUUCAAUAAAAUAUAAAAUUAAUUUGGUAACAGAUUCGUGUUGAGGUUAGAAAUCAUUGUUAUGGUUAUGCAUUUCUCUAUGUUUUGUUGAUUGUUGAAGAAUAUAUAAUUAAAUAAAUAUUCAAAAUCUU